AUGUUCCGCUUGUUUCGCCAACACGCCCGCUUCAGACCGUCAUCCUUCGCGCCAAAUUCUCAAGUACGAUGGCUAUUUUCAGGAUUAUUUUCACGCAAGACAGCAUCAGUCCCUGCUCUGUAUAAGCCGCGGAAGGAACGGUGGAUCACACCGACGGUCGUCGUGGUCGGGUUUAUUCCGGUCUUCUGUUUUGGUCUGGGGACAUGGCAGAUGCAGCGGCUGCAGUGGAAAAUUAAUCUCAUAGACGAGCUGCAAGAGAAAUUACAGUUGCAGCCGCUGUCUUUACCGAAGAAAAUCAAUCUUUCAGUCAUUCCGGAGUUUAUCUGGCGCAGGGUGGUGAUCAGAGGCAAAUGGGACCAUGCUCACACUAUGAUUUUCCCUCUUCGUGUCCGUGAAGGUGUCGUCGGUGUUCAUCUCGUCACUCCCUUGGUUCGUGAAGACGGGUCGACCAUCCUAGUAAAUCGCGGCUUUUUAUCUCAAGAAUAUGCAGAAAAUCAUUCGUGGGACCGUCCAGAGGAAGAGGUAGAGGUCUUUGGAAUGCUUCGCACUUCCCAACCUCGCAAUGCGUUCACUCCUGAUAAUCAUCCUGAGCAAGGAAUAUGGUACUGGUAUGAUGUGAAUGCAAUGACUGAAUAUGCAGGCGGCGAGCAGGCAAAUGUGCAGCCUGUUUAUCUGGAACAGAUAUUCGAGGGACACGCAGGUCAGGCUUCGUACUGCAUUGACCAUGGCAUACCUGUUGGACGACCUCCGACGGUCGAUCUCAGAAACUCUCAUCUAUCUUAUGUGAUAACUUGGUAUUCAUUAUCAGCGUUGACUGCGUUCAUGUUCAUGCGUCUUCUUGCAAACAGGAAAAAUUCCAACGUUCGCAGGCUUCCUCGUUACGGUUAGAGAUGGAUGAGUCGGAUGACAGCCGUGUUGAUCACCUUUCGCCUGCCGAAUUUCUCUUGACUCUCGCACACCGGAAUAUAGGAAGUACAACCUCAUUUUAUACACAAAUGAAACAGCGACUCCUUUCGAAUACGAACGCCUUUCCCAGGUGCAUUUUGCCUGCUUACGUCCGUCGCCUGUAAGCCAGCACAAGCUUUGACCUCGGCUUGUCGCACUGCCUUUACAAAGAAGCUCUACAUUUAAUUAUUCACAGUGAUUUGUCUGGACAGAAUUUGGUUUACAAGCCAAAUCACAUUGUUUUUGUUCUUGCGGUGGCAAGUCACUAGAAGUGGCAUUGCUUGCGGUGGCAGGCUUGAAGAGCAGAUAAAACGAGGGCAGUUAAAUGCGCCGUUCCCUAUUCUUCCUCACAUAGCAA